GCGCCGCAUGUGUCGUUUCGGGCAACCUCAAUUUAACAGCUUUUCGGUAUCAUACCUUAUGUACAGAGAUGGGACUCCUCUACUCUAGUCUCCAUGGCGACUCCGAUGGAAACAUAACCAAUGAAUUAACAAGAGAUGCUUUUACUGGUUUGCUUAUUGGUUGAAUGUAGUUGAAUGUGAUGAAAAUGUAACGUAAAACAGUCUAAAUAAAUUUAUAAAAUUGUGCAAAUGAGCAAAUUUUAUGUUAUUAUAUAAAUUAAAUUAAAUUCAAUGACAAUGAAGAUAUUAUUUGCGCCAAACUGUAUAUAAUUUCAAAUGAUCUUGAUCGAGUAAAUCUACUACGUCUACCGUACAUACAAUGUUCAACACUAUUUAAUUCUGUUUUUAUUUUAAAAAUUAACAUUUUUGCAAAUGCAAUAUGUAUUUGAUAGAAAAUGAAAUUAUCACAGCGUGAAUUCCAGAAUUUUAUUUGUUGUAUAAUAAACUUCAUCUUUGUAUUUAGAUAUCACCAAUGACAAUCCAAUUAUUCUGUUGGCAUGCUCUUUAAGUGGUGAUAAAUCUAACCUCAUAAUGAUUGGGGGUUCAUUUGAUACAGGCUCCUCUUAUCAUCAGAUUGGGAGUAGACGAGAAGUUUGUAAUUGGAUUGGACAUAUUAAACUGUCUCGAAUUAUUGUUUUGGUUUCUGUAAUACUUUUUAUAGUACCAUUAUUUACACAUUACUAUUUAUCAAAGGUUGAGAGUGAUUCUCCAAAUUUAGACAUUCACCAUACUCGUUCAAAAUUAGAGGCUUUUGAGGAUUUUACAUCCAUGAAAGCAGCAGAUCUUAAAUCACGAAUAGAAGAAAUGCUACGAAUCAAAGUUUCAGUAAGCAAUGAAUUGAGAGAUCUGGAAGCAAAGCGGCAAAGACUUCAAGUUGAAGUUACUAGUUUUACACAACGAAUUGAUGAACUGAAGCAGGAAUUACUUCAUCAACAGAUGGACUUGGAUAGAUUAAAAAUUAGUGUAGUGCAAGCUCAAGUUGCACAAAGAGAAGCUGUAGAAAGAAACACUCCAGAGUUAGCACCUCCUAGGCGAAUUCUUGUCAAUUCAGUUCCAGCAAUACUCCCAAGCCCCAAUUCAAGUUCAUGCAAGAUGUAUAAUUGUUUCGAUCAUAGUCGUUGUGCCCUCACAAGUGGUUUUCCAGUUUAUCUUUACGAUCCAGAUUUAUAUUCUAUAGUGAGUCCAGGAUGGGAUGUUGAUGGGUUUCUUAAAACUACUAUCAAACAAACUUUGGGUUACAACUCUCACCUAACUACAAAUUCGGCAGAGGCUUGCGUUUAUGUAGUUUUAGUAGGAGAAGCUCUUUCGAUGGAGGUCUCAAAGAGAUUUAAGUUUCGCAAACCAAUAGAUGUCAAGAAACUACACAGUCUUCCUUACUGGGGUGGAGAUGGAAGAAAUCAUAUUUUGUUGAAUCUCGCCCGUAGAGAUUUAUCUAUUGAAUCUGGAAGUAUUUUGGAUGGCAUUGACACUGGCAGAGCAAUGAUCGUGCAGUCAACAUUUCACAGAACUCAAUUUCGAGAAGGUUUUGACUUAAUUGUACCUCCGAUACUGGGUCCUCCUGGUGGUGACAUUUGGCAAGAUUGUACACAAAUGUUACCUGCAAGAAGACGGUAUUUACUGUCAUUUCAAGGUGAGAUGAAACCUUCCAAGACAGCGACGACAACUCAUCAGGUCGAUGAUGCUGAAGUAGAUUUGGAAAGGUUAGCAGUGGAUGACAACAAUCUGGAUAGUUUUAUUAUUCAACAUUUGAAGGACUUGAGCAUUAGCACCACUCUCGAUAAGUUUUUCAUUCAGUUUGAAUGUAUCCCAGCUUCAGAAGAUACAAAGGUGUUUGAAGCCCUCGAUUGGUCCCUCUGUGGAACUGAUUCCUCCAGGAAGGCUAUACUUAAGGAUUCUACGUUUGCCUUAAUCUUAGCACCAAGUAAUACCAGUUUUGUUACGACUUCGCCAAUGCAGGCACGGUUGUAUGAAGCAUUGAGAGCUGGUGCAAUACCAGUUGUUCUAGGUGGGGAUCAAAUUUAUCUAAGUUAUGAUGAAGUGAUUGCUUGGCGAAGAGCAGCUAUUUUUCUUCCUAGGGCUCGAGUAACAGAAAUGCAUUUUUUGCUUCGUGCUGUGCCGGAUAAUGACCUUUUAUCGAUGCGGAGACAAGGUAGAUUGAUAUGGGAACGAUAUUUGGGUACAGCUCAAGGUGCUAUUGAUACUAUUGUCGCUAAUAUCAGAGAUAGACUUGGCAUACCUCCACUACCAGCACCUAGAGCGCCCAGUCCAAGUGUAUUCAAUGAGAGUUUUGUGCCUUUAAAGUCUGAUACCAUUAUUGCGGAACCUGAAGCUGAAGAAAGCUUGGGUCCCCUCGAACCACCAUACUCUUCUCCAGCUUUUAGAAGAAAUUAUACAACUAUGUUAAUCCAUGGUCAUGAAAUUUGGAACGAUUGGGUUGAUCCAUUCAACUUGUAUCCGCAAUUACCAUUUGACACUAUCUUACCCAGUGAUGCUAAAUUUCUCGGAUCAGAGGUUGGAUUUCGACCAAUUGCAAAAGGAGCUGGAGGUGCUGGUAAAGAAUUUAGCGAAUCAUUGGGGGGAAAUCAUCCCAGAGAGCAAUUUACCAUAGUAAUGUUGACUUAUGAACGUGAGCAGGUUCUCAUAAAUUCAUUAGCUCGACUCUAUGGAUUGCCAUAUUUGAAUAAGGUUUUGGUCGUUUGGAACAGUCCAAAACCACCGAUGGAAGAUCUACGUUGGCCAGAUAUUGGAGUUCCUAUACAUGUCGUAAAAGCUCCUAGGAAUAGUUUGAAUAAUAGGUUUCUACCUUUUGAUGCAAUUGAGACAGAAGCUGUUUUGUCUGUGGAUGAUGAUGCUCACUUACGGCAUGAUGAAAUUAUGUUUGGUUUUAGAGUAUGGAGGGAACAUCGAGAUCGCGUGGUAGGUUUUCCAGGUCGUUUUCAUGCUUGGGAUCAAAAUUAUCACAAUGCAUGGAAUUACAAUUCCAAUUAUUCGUGUGAGCUGUCCAUGGUUUUAACGGGAGCUGCCUUCAUUCAUAAACAUUACACGUAUUUGUAUACGCAUUGGCUGCCGCAAGCUAUAAGAGACAAAGUAGAUGAAUACAUGAACUGUGAAGAUAUUGCGAUGAAUUUUCUCAUAUCGCACAUCACGCGGAAACCUCCUGUCAAGGUGACGUCUCGUUGGACGUUCAGAUGCCCUGGAUGUCCCGUUUCAUUGUCGGAGGAUGAUACACAUUUUCAAGAACGGCAUAAAUGUAUAAAUUUCUUUUCUCAGGUAUUUGGAUAUAUGCCUCUGUUAAAUACACAAUAUCGAGCAGACUCAAUACUCUUUAAGACCAGGAUACCACACGAUAAGCAAAAGUGUUUCAAAUUCAUAUAAGUAAGUCUUUCAUAUUUGUAAUUACAUUCAUCUAAUGGAAUAAUUUAUACAGACGAAAAACGUUCUAAACAAUGUUAUUGAAUCUCCAACAAGAAAUACUAAAUUUAUCUAAACAAUGAUUCGGUCACUCCGAAAAAAUAAUACAUAAUUACUUUGGUUUAGAACUGUUUUUACGAUUGUAGUGACUGAUUCUACUACUCUACAUAGUGAGGUACAAAUAUUUCAUUCUAUUUGCAAAUUUUUAAUUAAAAUGUCGUUCGACUGAUUCAUAUUUUAUUUGAAUACAAUAAGCAUUGGAGCUGUUACGCACAAAGUAGCAGAUUAUUAAAAAGAAAGUAUAGUUGAUAAUGCGUGAGCUCAGGCGACAUACAAAGCAAAAAGUCCUUAUCAUAAAAUAUUCACGUAAGUAUCAUUAUUACAAAACUUGCACGGCUCAAUUAGUCUUUUACUAAAAUCUCGGUCAAGGAGUUUUUUUUAACUUUCAUUAAUACUUUUGUUUAACAGCAAAAACAAUUGUUUCUAAAUCCGAUUGCGCAGGGGUCGACACUUUGUCGAAAGGCUUCUAUUGAACUUUACAAGUUUAAUGAUAAUGGUUUCUGUAUAGAAAUUUUACUUUAGGGACGCCCGUCUCGUGCAGCGACUUUGAACAAUUUAUCAACUACGUUUCUCUUUUAAAGUUUUUUUUUCUUUCUGUUAACUGAUUGCCUAACAUAUUAUUAUGAUUUGCACGUUAAACUAUAUUUUUAUUAUUUUUGGCGACCUGACAUGUAUCAUUUUUGUUAUUUUUCAAUCAUCGAACACUAGAUCAAUUUAAUCACUUUCAUUCUUGUAUACGUACAUGUUUUAUUAAAAAAUAUCGUGUGAUUAAAGUGCUUUUAGAAUGGUCUGUUUUCUUUUUAGUUUUAUAAAAUUCAGAUGAUAACUGUAAUAAACGUUUUCAGGCGAGGAUGGCUGUUUGUUAUUAAUAAGCAGGUCGUUUUAAAAUAUAGCUCGGAACUAUCCUCGCCUCGGAACGUUUAGUCCUAUACACCAGGAAUAAUUAACUUUAUGGGACCUCUUUCCUUGACAAACUAACAGCAGGACUAUUUACAAAUAUUGUUAUGUCGUUUUCGAGUCUAUGCGAAAUGUACUAAUAUAAAAUUGAUACGUGAUUCGCCGGUAAGGACGCGUAGAUAUUUAUACCCGAGAAUUGCAUUGGAAACGUCGGAAAUAUUUUUUCAUUUAUUCAGUAAUGACUAACAAGUAUUAUCAUGUUUAUCUCUUGUUCUAUUUAUGAUUAUUUAUUUUCGCAGCGUUAACGACAAUCUAUAUUUACAUUUACAACGCUAGAAAUACUGAUAUCGUUAACGUUAUGUGUAGUGUGCCAAACAUCUCGAUUUAAGUUUAUUAAUUGAUUUUUCUUACAAACAUCUCAAUAUUGAUAAUACAAUUUCUAACGUUGACAUAUCAUUUCAUAUAAAUCCAAUGCUAUUGUACAUAAAUUAACAUAAUUUAUGGAUCUUUUCGACAUUAUUCGUUGAAAUGUAAUCACGAAAUAAAUAUUGUAAUGUAUGUAUAAUUUGGUAAUUAUGUAGCAUGUUAAUCGUAACCAUUGUGAUUAAUUAAUUAACUCACGAUACUUUAAAUCACAAAAUUUGUUAAUCGUUUCGGUGUGCUGGCCUCGCGAUGUGUUUGCCCUGACUAUCUGCGAGAUCUAUGCGGUCGCGUACAUUUACAUGUGGAGCUUAGUAUGUACGUUUUAAAAUCGCGCAAACGUAAGCCUUCAGCACCUAAAGGGCAACCAAAAAAUAUAAAUGUCACAGAGACAGUGGGAUCAUAAACAAGAAUCGGUUCCUUGGCUCAAGUCGGUGAAAAUGAAUGAAAUGAAAGUUAAUCAGUUUCUUAAGAAACGUGAACACCUAUUUCUUUUUCUAAUUUUGUAUGUUCAUUAUAUAAUAUUAUUAUAAUAUAAUUAAAUUAUUGAACUGUAAAUGUCAAAGGUCAGAUAGAACUGUGCAAUUAUAUGUUAGGCAUGUGUAUAAUUUGUAUAUAAUUCGCAAGAAAAAGCAUUGCAACAAAGAACUGUACACCACAGUAGCAACAUUAAAACGUGCCAACUGUACGGCCCUGAUGUACCUCUGCAAUAGUGUUUCCUCGAGUGCCAUUUUAUGUUAUAUAUCUAUAUUCUGUUAUAUAUUUGUAUUCGUAAUCAUGCUAGUUAUUAUCUAUUAAGAAUAACUGUCGAAUUUGUAAAAUACAAUUGGAAUAGAACUGAUCAAUAAUAUCAUAAAUUAAAAACA